CCGCCCAGCCCUGGCCGUGCCCGCUCCCGCUCCGCCGCCCGCCGUCCCCCGCCGCCCGCCCCGCCGCAGAGCCAUGAUCGUGGAGAGCAGCCGGGACGCGGCGCCCGAUGGCGGCGACGGCGGCGCCCUCAGCAGCCCCAUCAACCUCGCCUACUUCUACGGGGCCUCGCCCCACUCCAGCGAGGGGAGCUGCUCGCCGGCGCACUCCUCUGCCCCCGGCUCGCCGGGAUCCGACUCGGACCUCUCGGUGAGCAGCCGCGGCGGCGGCCGGAGGGACCCCCGGGGCGGCCCCCGCCCCGCGCUGCAAGUUGAACAGCACAUGGGGGGCGGAAAGCAGCACAGAGGACCUUUCCAGGGGGUCCGUGUGAAGAACUCCGUGAAGGAGCUCCUGCUGCACUUCAGGAGCAGCAAACAGAUGUCCUCGGGUCCUGCCGCCGAGGAAAGCAAGGCACAAGGAGGAUUGGUGAACUAUGAACCAUACACAGAACUGAAGAGCAUACUGGGCCACAGUGGCAAAAGAAAGGCUCCUGAACUCCUUUCUGAUGGACCUUCUUUCAAACGCCAAGCAAAUGUUCACCCACAUCUCCUGACCCCACCCCAGACACCAACUUCUAUGGAUAGCAUGGAGGAGACACAUAAAACUGACCCAAAGCAUGACAGCAGUUCUGAUCUGCUUCAGAACAUCAUAAACAUCAAGAACGAGUCGAGCCCCAUUUCCCUGAACACGGUGCAGGUGAGCUGGUUGCACUCAGCCUCCAGCCAUGGCUCCCAUGAGCAGUACCAGGAUAGCACAGGAACACAGGCUUUCUCCCCAUCCCAGAAGUACCAAGCGUUCCAAGACCACACCAGCCAGCAUAUGCUUGAUGCACCACAGCAUUACCAGUUCCCUGCAUCCCAGAACCAAGAUUUGUCACAGAGUUACCCUUCAGAUGCCUCCCUGGACUACAGGCCGUUUGUUGCCAGUGACCAGUCUCCUGCCUACCAGCAGAACACCUUUGAGAGCCACGAGCUGCAGUACUGCCCGUCACAGAGCUUCUCUUCCCUCUUGAACGACUCGGAGGGUUCGGACAGCAUCUCCAGUCCCCUGCAGCCGCUGAGCAGUGCCCACCCACAGGCUGAGGUUGCCCCGCACGCCCUCAACUUCAGCAACCUCUGUGGUAGUCUGGAGCGCAGCGUCUCUUUGGCUGCUCUGAAUGUCUCUCUGCCUGACCAAAAUAUUGCCAGAAGCACGACGCAGCUGGGCAAGUCAUUUUUCCAAUGGCAAGUGGAACAGGAGGAGAACAAACUGGCUAACAUCUCUCAAGACCAGUUCCUUGCUAAAGACGCCGAUGGAGACACCUUCCUCCACAUCGCUGUGGCCCAGGGCCGUCGAGCACUCUCCUAUGUUCUUGCAAGGAAGAUGGCUGCCCUGCACAUGCUGGACAUUAAAGAGCACAAUGGCCAGAGCGCUUUCCAGGUUGCUGUGGCUGCCAAUCAGCAUCUCAUUGUGCAGGACUUGGUUAGCUUGGGGGCUCAAGUGAACACCACAGACUGCUGGGGCAGGACGCCGCUGCAUGUCUGCGCUGAGAAGGGGCAUGCCCAGGUCCUCCAGGCAAUCCAAAAGGGAGCCAUGGGAAGCAAUCAGUAUGUGGACCUCGAGGCAACAAACUAUGAUGGUUUGACAGCAUUGCACUGUGCGGUUGUGGCCCAUAAUGCUGUGCUGCAUGAACUGCAGAACUGCCAGCCACCUCACUCCCCUGAGGUCCAGGAGCUUCUGCUGAGAAACAAGAGCCUGGUAGAAACCAUCAAGAUCCUGAUACAAAUGGGAGCCUCUGUUGAAGCGAAAGAUCGCAAAAGUGGUCGCUCUGCUUUACAUUUGGCAGCAGAAGAAGCAAACCUGGAGCUCAUUCGUCUCUUCUUGGAGCUGCCCAACUAUCUCUCUUUUGUUAAUGCAAAGGCUUACAACGGCAACACAGCCCUGCACGUGGCUGCCAGCCUGCAGUACCGCGUGAGCCAGCUGGAUGCUGUGCGCCUGCUCAUGCGCAAGGGAGCCGAUCCCAGUGCCAGGAACUUGGAGAAUGAGCAGCCAGUUCAUCUGGUUCCUGACGGCCUUGUAGGGGAACAGAUAAGACGUAUCCUCAAAGGGAAGGCGAUUCAGCAGAGAGUGUCGCCAUUUUAGGCUCCAUAUUUCUUGGAGUUCAGCAACUUACACUCACUGUCAGUCAGGCAGUCCUAAUGAAUCUGUAAAUAGAGCAUUUGCCUGGUGUGGGCAAAUGUUAGUUGUUUCUAUGAAACAAAAGUAUUUUGUUCACUAUUAUAUAGUGGGUUACAUAAGAAUAAAAAAAUCCCAAACCAAACAAUCAAAUUCCUCCGACCAAAAGGGAAUGCUUCAUUCCCAAGUAUGUGGAACAUUUUCCUGGCUUCCUGUAUUUCCUGUAUUUCAUAGCUAUGGCAAGACUGAUUUUAUUUAAACAGCCAUGCAGCUAACUUCUAGACAAGGGCAAUUCUAUGGGAGUUUUUUUUUUUUUAAUUUUAGAGAGGGCUGAUACAGGUCAAAAUUGCAAAGAUUGUUAUGUUUUGCAACACAAAAAAAAAUGCAAGAGAAAUUAAAUAUUUUUGAAGUUGAACAUUUAUUUAUGUAACUUUGUGGCUUUGUUCCAGUAUCUUGUGUGGGAUUGUAUAUAGUCACUGACAUUAUUGUACAGCUGUAUAGUUCUAAAAAUCUAUUGAUCACUUGGACAAGGAUCUGAAGAAACAAGUUCCUUGAUCUUGAAUUUGCAAAUUGCAUACAGAGUUUUAAUACUAUACUGGUGCAAAUUGGGUAAAUUCUGUUGUUCUGAAAGACUGAGGAUGGAAAGUAGAGUUAAGACAGAUUGUCCCUGGCACUGAUUUGUGCAUACUUUUGGAGUUGUUAAUAAAACAUGAAAAGCUGUGCUUCUUCAGGGGACUGUGUCAGUUUUUCUCAUACCCAGUAGGGGUUUUUCUUGUGAUAGAACAAUAGAUUGUGAGAGGUGGAUCAUGAUUUUUAUAGUGUGUAUGUAACUUGUACUUUAAAGGAUAUGAUCCUGAUUCAGUGCAAGUGUUUGGCAUACACUUCACCAUUGAUGCUUGCUGAAAUCUCUCAAUGUUAAUUAUAAUACUUCAACAUGUGUAAGCCUUACUGGUGUCUGUGGGGCUUAAGCACAUGCAUAAGUAGCUUGCUGAAUUGUGCUCUAGUUAAUUCUAGAGACUUAAUGUUUUCCACCUCCUAAGCAGAGUUAGUCCAUUUAUGGUUUUACCUUAUAGGUAUAGUGGCUAGCAAAGUAAUAUUUGAAGUUAACAGUUUUUCUAUUUUUUAAUAAUUAUGAAUGGAAAAUGUAUACUAAUGAUGCUGUAUACUUGUGUUCUGUUGGAUAAAACUUCCUCCUAUCACUUUCUGAAUGAUCCAUGCUGGGCUGUAAUCCAGUAUUAUGUUCCCUGUAUGGUCUUUGCUCUUAAACUGUUUCUUCAUCACAUGCAGUUCUCUGUUGUAACCAUUUAAUUAGUCUGAUUUUGCUGUUUUGCCAAAGUAUGUCUUGUAGACAAGCUAAAUGAAAAAAAUCUGAUAUGCGAAGGCUUAGUUGCAAUGUAUUUCUUGAAGGGUUAUGUGUAACUUGUGUUUGAAUAAAUAUGCUAAUUCAGUUUUGGUGGUUCCUGUGUGUGAUACAAAUAAUGAUGAUAAAGUCAAGCUUGAGGUAAAACUGAUUUAGCAUGGUAAUAGUGUGAGGCUGAAAAGCCAUUUGCUAAGAUGAAAUGAAGUUUUACCAUCCUGCUGUUUGUGCUUUCUCUUGUUUGAUGCUGCUGUUCUGGGUAAUGCACUGUGCAGUUGUGUUGUCUGUGAAUUUAGUAGGUGUGCCCCAAAUUGAGUUUAUAGUCACCAGGUUGGAACCUGAACACUCGUCUCUGCAUUCUCGAAAGAAUAAUAGCAGUUCUGACAAUUACAGAGUCUGUUACAUUCUCCCCAUGACUUUCCUGCCUUGGUCCUCAGUUCUGGCAGGUCAGGCACAAGUGUCACCCUAGCACAGGGACUGUGCUAGGAAGUAGGGCCAUACACAUGGGGAUGGGCUGUCUGCCUCACAAAGGUGGUAAGAUGUGGCAGUGACCCUGCAGGGGGAAGAGCUGUCAUCACAGCCUGUCCCAGAUGAGCAUGGAGCUCGAGAGAUGGCAGGAGUUGAGAUAAAAGUGGAUGAAGUAUUAGGAUUGAAAGGAAAGGAAGCUGAGGAGGUUUCUAUGUCACUGUGUGAACCUGCUCUCCACUCUGCCUUGCUCUGCUGCUUGUGGUGACUGUGAAAGUGUGGGAAUUGGAAGAGGCCCAGAGGUGUGCAGGAGCUUUCUUGCAGGGAGCAGCAAACAAGGACAGUCGUUCAGAGCCAUGACAGGCCAGAGAACCUGAGUGAGGAUGAGCUCACUUCCAGCACGAGAGCUGGAAGCUAUUGAUGAAGGUGCCACACACACAGUCUGCAACAGGAAACAGAACUGAAUUUCUUAGUAGGAUAUGCAAAGUUGAUAUGGCACCUCUUUAUGUGAACAGCUAAUUGUGUCUAGAUUGUGCUGAAGAUGCUGUCAUCUGCACCUCUCACUGCAAGUGACCUUGCCUUGUUUUUUUAUAUUUUCAACAUGUAUAUUCAAAUAUUUUUUAUUUGUGCAAGGAUCCUGAUAGCACUGUUUUCGGUUAAUUUUAAUUUUCUUUGUAAGAGAUGAUUACACAGGAAAAAGGGCUGCUGCUGAGAUGUUCUGGCCCUUCAGAUCAGCCUGAUCUGACUGCCUGACACUCCUUUCUGGGUGGCAUUGAGUCAUCUCACAUCGGGAUUAAGUACCCUGGGUUUGUAAGGUUGGCAGAGCAUUGGCACGUGUUCAGCCAGCGCUUGAGCAUGAAGUAGGUGAGAGGCAUUUAGCAAGCAGUGUGGUGCUUUCUGUUUCACUCGUGCCCUUCUGGAAGGGGCACUCCUGGCACUCCAAGUUAGAAAAUUCCUAGUGGGAGGGAGGCUGUAGUGUUUGAAGCUAGGCUUCAUCUGCCUGGAGCGUAAUUUCAUUGCCUGGAGAGUUUAGUGGGUAAUUUCACAAGAAAGCAUCCCUGCUCUAACUGGCUCAUUUUUCUCUCCUAUGAUCUUGGGAAGGUCUGGCGUAUCUGACCCAAUUUAACCAGCUAUUAGAAGCAAUUCCUUUUUACUGAAGGCCAAGUACCACAAAAUAUUUAGCAGGCUAAGAGCGUUUCCCUGAUAACUUAAGGUUCUCGGAAAGUGCUGAAUAGCUUUUAUUGAUGUGGAUGUAGGCUCACCAUUUAUUUCACUGGUUGCAGUAGAGACAGAAGACUCUGGCUUGGUUCCGAGUAGGAAUAUUGAGACACGUGGUGCUUUCUUCCCAGGAUGUUUCUGGUUUGUUUGUCUAAGUAAGCCAAACUUCAGUGAAGGGUUGCUUCUUGAUUUUUGUGGGCUACUCAUCUGACUGGAGUUGUGGAAGGUGGCAAUCCAUGAUUUACAAGAAAUGUGUUCUUCUGGAGAUGCAAAAUGUACAUUUCCCACAUUUAUUGCUCAUUUUGUAUUUUUAUCAGAAAGCAAAAAACAUAGUCGGGAAGUACAUUCUUACAGAGGUUGGGUGUGGUAGAACUGACGGCAAAGAUAUGACAUGAACUGCUUGUUCUUCUUACCUGAUAGUUUACUUGUCUGGCUGCCUUUCUUUUAAAAAUAUAUAUGCCCUUCUGUGUAAGGGAAGAGCUGAGGAUGAUUAAAGUGCACUGAACAUGUAAAGAACAGCUUCCUGCAAUUAAGUAUAUGCCAAAAAUUGACCUGCUAUUUCAACGCAUUCAAAUCCUUCUAUUGUUAUCUAUUACUUUUCUUGAGUGUUUGGUGAUGUUCUUGGCCUGGGAUACUGAUGGUUUGGGAGGCAAUGCUCAUCUGUACACAGAGCUAUAUGAGCAGCUCUUUUCCUGGCAAAAUUUCCUGACUGUUCUUGGCAGUAUUUCUUUAGAUCUGCUUCCUGGUAGCAAAACAUCUCAAGGCAGCACUGAUGGAAUUGAGACCACAUUAGUGCAGAAGUCCCACACCUGAGGUUGUCUGUCUUGUAAUAGUGGAAUUUAGAUGCUGUUUUUUUUUCUUCAGGUACCUAUCUCAGUCUUGCUGGAGGAGAGUAAAAUAUCUUGUGCUACGUUU